AUGGCCUCACCCCGGCGUGCCCAGCACGCCGGCCCUCCCGAUGGAGGCUGGGGGUGGAUGAUCGUUGCCGGCUGCUUCCUUGUCACUAUCUGUACCAGGGCCGUGACAAGGUGCAUCUCCAUUUUUUUUGUGGAGUUCCAGGCAUACUUUGGGCAGGAUUAUGCCAGAACGGCUUGGAUCCAUUCCAUCGUCGACUGUGCUACGAUGCUCUGUGCACCGCUUGGGAGUUUAAUCAGUAAUCAUGUAUCCUGCCAAGUUGGUAUCAUGCUAGGAGGGCUGCUUGCAUCUACUGGAUUUAUUUUGAGUUCGUUCGCCACCAGCCUGGAACAUCUCUACUUAUCAUUAGGAGUCCUUACAGGACUUGGGUUUGCACUCUGUUAUUCUCCAGCCAUCGCGAUGGUGGGCAAAUAUUUCAACAAAAGAAAAGCGCUGGCGUAUGGAAUAGCCAUGUCAGGAAGUGGAAUCGGUACCUUCAUCCUGGCCCCCGUGGUCCAGCUCUUAAUCGAGCAGUUUUCCUGGCGUGGAGCUUUACUCAUCCUGGGAGGUUUUGUUUUAAACCUCUGUGUCUGUGGUGCCUUGAUGCGGCCUAUUGCUCUUAAGGAGGACUGUAAAACUGCUCCUGAGUUUCUUGAACAGGAUUAUGUCCCCGAAGCACAGAAACGAGACUUAAAGCAAAUGUCCAUCUGUUCACCUUUAAUCAAAGUGUGGUCUCAUGAAUGUUUAUGCUACUGUUCAUGGGAGGAAUAUGACUUUUUACUGAUGCCAGACUUCAUGGUGCUGGCAGUGUCGGUUUUAUUUAUGGCAUAUGGCUGUAGCCCUCUCUUUGUCUACCUAGUGCCUUAUGCUUUGAGCGUUGGAGUGAGUCAUCACCAGGCUGCCUUCCUCAUGUCCAUACUUGGUGUCAUAGACAUCAUUGGUAAUAUCACCUUUGGAUGGCUAACAGACAGAAGGUGUCUGAAGAAGCAUCGGCACUUUUGCUACCUCUUUGCUGUGGGAAUGGAUGGCCUCUGUUGUCUUUUCCUGCCAGUUCUCCAAAACUUCCCCUUGCUUGUGCCUUUCUCAUUUACCUUUGGCUACUUCGAUGGAGCCUAUGUAACGCUGAUCCCUGUCGUGACAGCAGAUGUAGUGGGAACUUCUUCCUUAUCAUCAGCACUGGGUGUCAUGUAUUUUCUGCAUGCCAUACCGUAUCUAGUGAGCCCGCCUGUUGCAGGUUGGCUUGUGGACACAACUGGCAGCUAUACUGCAUCAUUCCUCCUGUGUGGAUUUUCUAUGAUAUUUAGUUCAACGUUAUUGUGCUUUGCAAGACUAGCAAAGAAAAUCAAAAGAACGCAUUUGCGGUCGCUUACCAGUGAUGCUGGCACCAAACAGCACAUCUGGACAAAUGGAGCAAUAGCUUAUUCUGUCACAGCAGAAUUAGACCAAAAGGAUGUUGAAUUUUUGGCUGUGGAUACAAGCAGCUACAGCAACAGAUGA